AUGCAGUCGCUUCAAAAUCCCUUCUGCUUCAUUCUGCAGGUUCGUAAAUACCCAUCUUUUCACGUUAAACGAUCCUGUAAUGGCUUUCUGCUGCUCCUCCAGUGCCCGCUGGUUUUUCUUAGAAUUGCUUAUAUGUGUGUUCACGUUUUUAAGUUACUUUUGUUGUCUGGGGACGUUGAAUUAAACCCCGGCCCUAUCACUAACGCUGAUAUUCUGGCUGCCAUUGCUGAACAGUCUUCUAAAAACGAUGCGCGUCAUACCGAAAUGGUUGACAUGCUAAAUCAGGUCAAAGAUAACCAGCAUCAGCUAGAACUAAAAGUGUUAGACAUCAAUUCAAGACUUGCAGCAGUCGAAUCACUUGUAGAAUUACUAGAUGUGCCAAAGCAUCCUACUGAACUGUCUAAUGUUGUUAGUGAGGCCGUCCGAGGCGAAACUACCGUUCUGAAUUCAAGACUUAAUGAGCUUGAAGAUAGAUCCCGUCGUGACAAUUUACUUUUCUACGGUAUCGCCGACACCCUUUCCGAAGACUGGUCGCAGUCAGAAUCUCAUAUCCGCGAUAAUCUUUCCACAAUGUUAGGACUAGAUCUACCUGGCGAGGCAAUAUCCCGUGCUCACAGAUUAGGCUCAUACUCAACUAAUAAAUGCCGGCCAAUAAUUGUUAAAUUCUCUUCCUCUAAAUUCAAGGCGAAUGUGUUUUCUCAGCGUUUUAAGUUGAAAGGAACAGGAAUUUCAGUCAGUGAGGAUUUCUGUCCGGCUACGCGGCAGUUACGUAAAAAGUUAAUCGAUUUCGGUAAAGGCACCGGUCAGAGGUUCUCGCUCAAACUAAAGAGGCUGCACGUUAAUCAAAAGGUGUAUACUUACUGCCCUGUAACAGAUUGUGUUUGCGAAGUGACUCCUAGUCACGCUCGUGAAGCUAACAACGCCGCGUCUCUCUCUCCGGGUGCCAAUAAUACAGUUUCCGCGCCGCAACCGGGCAUCGAUAACGCAGUUUCCGCACCUGGUGCAAGCAAUUAUAAUUCACACGCGUCAUCAACAUAACUAUGUAAAGGCCCGGCGACUAACGCUAUCUCAAUAUUGUAUUCUAACGUGCGAAGCGUGUGCAACAAACGCGACGCUUUGUCAUCUCUUAUCGACACGUGUACAGCUGAUAUUGUUAUCCUGACCGAAACGUGGCUUUCUAGUAAAAUUGCUGACAGUGAAAUUUUUGAGUGUGAAGGUAUGUACAAAUUUUAUCGUUUCAAUCGUGACUCGCGCUCAGGUGGCGGUGUUCUUAUCGCUGUUCGUGAUUCUAUAAUAUCGAGCGUUAUACCACUUAACCUAUCAUUAGAGUUCGUGUGUGCCCGUGUACAUGUCAGAAACAAGGAUUUUAUUUUUUGCGCCUGCUAUCGACCCCCCGCUUCGUCUAGUACA